AUGGUUGGGCAGAAUAUUGCAUUGACUUGGCAGGAGCUGAUCAAUUAUUGUCUCCUCCAUCACCGUCUCGUCAGGGGACAACGUCUUCCCCAGAUAUCCUUUCCUACCUGCUUUCUGACUGCUGCAUCGUUGGCCUUGGGUUCAGUCACCUCUGCGUUGACGUUGGAGGAGGCGUUGAAAGAUGCGCCUUCCUGCAUCUUCUAUGAUACCGAACCUUACAGUCUUGGUUAUCAUGCUGGUUUAGCCUCUCUUGUGACGUACGGCAGCCUCAUCUUCAUAACUGCCUCCAUUUCCAUCAUCGCUAGGUGCACCGGUGCAACUCGAAGAAGGCGCACACCCACGAUGGAAAAAUCCAAGUACGUGAACAGACCUCUGUCUACUUAUUUUAGAUUUCGACUUUUUCGUGCUCAUAUCUGUAAACCGUUAUUCUCGUCGUUGUAA